UAUGUGUGAUUGAUCACUCUUUUGUCACCAUGGCUAUCCUUGUUUGAGUUAUUGGAAAAUGGGGAAUGAAAAAUCACUUCACACAAGCUUUGUACAACACAAAUGCGGAAAGGUUGCAAGUGGAAUGCACCUCCUUUACAUUCCAACCACACAUCCUGGCCCUAUUAUAGCACGAGAGCAAGUUGGAAGUGAUUUUUUGCCCACUACAAAGCAACAUGGAGUACAGGAUUGAAAAUUAAAACAUUUCUGUCUAACUCCAUUUCACUUUCCUCCUCAUUUUCCACUUGCUCAGACAAACACUGUCUGUGUAUGUUUGGAUUAACAUUGGAUGGUCUAGAAUUGCUUUGAAAUACUAGCUAACAUGAUUUUAAGUGUCCACUUUUUCAUACAAGCAUUGUCUACGCAUGUUUGAAUUAACAUUGGAUUAUCUAGAAUUACGUUGAAAUACUAACAUGAUUUUAAGUAAUGACCACAUGUUUGGUUUCAUGUUAAGGUUGGGUCUAGAAUUAAUUUUGAGUUGAAGCAAUUCUACAUAGCUUUUACAUUGAAUCGAGAAUUUUAUAGAGUUUUACUACUAGUAUACUUUUAUAUUAAAACAUCUAAACAUAAAUCACAUCACUUCAAAAAUCAAUUUUGCAAAAGUUCACCCAAACACACUAAAAUCAAUUGCAACUAAUUAUGAUCCUUCUUUAACUGUUUUUUAUAUGACGUGGCAUCAUUUGUGGUAAAUGAAAUUUAUAAAAGGCAACUGAUUUGUCUUGCAAUUUUAAGUUUUAACUGAUUGUGAAGUACAACCUUAAUCCAGAAGAGUAUAGCUUGCCAUUGAUUCUCAUUCUGUGAAUAUAAAUAGACGUAUGAUAUGCAGAUGAAAAUAUGCCUCUCAUUUGAUGCACAGUAUUUACUCUCUCACAUCUUUUGCCAGCUCCCUUUAACCCAACCACUUCACCAUGUCAAGUUUGGAGGAACCACUUGGUCUUGACAAGUUGCCAAGCAUGAACACCAUUGAUAGGAUUCAGAGGUUCUCAUCUGGUUCUUGCCGUCCCAGAGUCGAUAACUUGGGCAUGGGAAACUGCUGGAUUGAAGGACGAAGUUGCAGCACAUCUAACAGCUGCAAUGAAGAUGAUGAAGAGUAUACAGCAGAGACAUUCCCAUGGAAAAGACAAACAAGGGACUUAUCCCCAGAUGACUCCUUCAGUCAAAAAACUCUGAUCAAAGGAAGGAAGUCAAUGAAAUUUGGAAUGAUUGAUGAUUCAUUCUCUGAUUGCCAAACCAGUCCAAAAUGCCAUACCAAAGAUUUGCAAGGUUUGGCUUAUAAGUAUCUGAAUAGUAUACCAAAGUUUGUAAAGAUAGUAGAAGUUGGUCCAAGGGAUGGAUUACAAAAUGAGAAGAACAUUGUACCUACUGCUGUAAAGAUUGAAUUGAUUCACAGACUAGCUUCUACUGGGCUAUCUGUUAUUGAGGCUACAAGUUUUGUUUCUCCCAAAUGGGUCCCACAGCUGGCUGAUGCAAAGGAUGUAAUGCAAGCAGUGCAUAACUUGAGAGGCAUCAGAUUACCAGUUCUGACCCCUAAUUUAAAGGGUUUUGAAGCUGCAAUAGCUGCUGGUGCUAGAGAAGUUGCUAUUUUUGCAUCAGCUUCUGAAUCAUUUUCAAAAUCAAACAUUAACUGUAGCAUCGAAGAGAGCCUUAUUCGUUUCCAAGCUGUUACUCAUGCUGCUAAACAACUCUCAAUUCCUGUUCGAGGGUAUGUAUCAUGUGUUGCUGGAUGCCCAGUGGAAGGACCAAUCCCUCCCUCAAAAGUAGCAUAUGUUGCCAAAGAAUUAUAUGAUAUGGGUUGCUUUGAAAUCUCCCUUGGUGACACAAUUGGAGUUGGCACACCAGGAACUGUAGUUCCUAUGCUUUUGGCUGUGAUGGCUGUUGUUCCAAUAGAUAAGAUAGCUGUCCACUUUCAUGACACAUAUGGACAAUCCCUUCCAAAUAUACUUGUGUCCCUCCAAAUGGGGAUUAGCACAGUGGAUUCCUCUGUUGCUGGUCUUGGUGGGUGUCCAUAUGCUAAGGGAGCUUCAGGAAAUGUUGCUACUGAAGAUGUUGUGUACAUGUUGAACGGCCUUGGCAUCAAAACCGAUGUUGAUCUUGGAAAAUUAAUAUUGGCUGGGGAAUUCAUCAGCAACCAUUUGGGGAGGCCAUCCACUUCAAAGACUGCCAUUGCCUUGAACCGUGUCACAAGUAAUGCUUCCAAGAUUUCACAUUAAGUGUACCAAAUGUAUAUCAAUAUGACAAUAUGCUUCAAGUAGUGACAUAUGAUCACUCUAUACAUAUUAUGUUCCUUUUGUUCUACAUGCUGGUACAAGAGGAAUAACAUGUUCACUCAUAUGGAUGCGUUUUGGUUUUAGAAAUGAAGAAAUAUAGUAAGUGCAAGGUGCUCGUUUGAAGCUUAGCUUUA